CUUCAAAGUCAAGGCUGGCACAUAUAUUAUGGACGCAAUUUCCAAUUCCAUGUCCUAUUAAAAGCCACCACCAGUCCACAACCAUUACCAGUUCCCAAUUAUCACUUUCCCACGCUACAUUUGUGCCUGCGUCUAAACCUUUGCUUAAAACAUGCCCACUCUGUUCCUCCAUUUCUUCCUUUUCUUAUUCACUACCACUGUUACUAACGUCGUCCCCGCAGUUCACAGCAACUGUAUUGAAGACCAGAAACAAUCAUUGCUCCAUUUCAAGAAUAGUCUUGUAUUUUAUUCUUCCUCUUACUCCAAGCUUAUCACAUGGAAUUCGAGUACCGACUGCUGUUCUUGGCUGGGUGUAACUUGCAGCACUAAUGGGCGUGUUGUCGGACUUGACCUCAACAGCGAGUAUAUCUCAUGCAACAUUGACAAGUCCAGCAGUCUGUUCCAACUUCAACAUCUUCAGAGCCUCAAUUUGGCCCAUAACAACUUCAAUGACUCUUCAAUUCCAUCUGCAAUCGGAAAGCUUGCAAAUUUGAGGGAGUUAAAACUUGAGAAGCCGAAUUUAGGCACUUUAAUCCAGAACCUUACCGAGCUUACGGAGUUAAAUCUUGGUCGUAUAAACCUAUCGGCUGAGGGAUCUCUAUGGAGCCAAACCAUAUCAUCUUCACUUCCAAAGCUGAGUCAGUUGACCUUGUCCUACUGUGAUCUUUCAGGCCCUAUUCAUGAAUCAUUUGCCAGGCUGCAUUCUCUAUCCAUGUUAAUAUUGGAUGGAAACUACAUCUCUGCUCCGGUUCCAAAAUUCUUUGCUAAUUUUUCAAGCUUGAUUUCCUUGAGUCUCACUGAUUGUACCUUGCAUGGAGCAUUUCCCAAAGAGAUAUUCCAGGUACCUACACUACAGUCUGCUGACCUGUCAAUUAAUUCAGAGCUUCGUGGUUCCUUACCGGAGUUUCCAAAGAAUGGAUCUCUCGAAUCCCUACAUCUAUCCAGGACCAAGUUUUCAGGAGGCUUGCCGGACUCUAUUGGCAACCUUAAAUUGCUGUCUAAAUUAGAUCUUUCAGAUUGCAAUUUCACAGGAGCAGUUCCAAAGUCACUGGCAAACCUAACACAAUUGUGGUCUUUGGACUUGUCAUCCAACAAGUUUUCUAGUCCGAUUAAUUCUAUUCAAUGGGACAAACUCAUCAAGCUUGAGCAUCUCGACUUGUCCUACAAUCUACUCCACGGGAGUAUUCCAUUGUCUCCCUUUUCUAUUCCCUUGCUGCAGAGCUUACUACUUCAGGGAAAUCACUUCUCUGGUCAAUUGCUUGAAUUUUCUAAUGUCUCUUCAUACUUGCUGUACGAAUUUGAUUUGAGUAGCAACAAUUUGGAAGGAUCAAUACCCGUGUCUAUCUUUAAUCUUCCGAUGCUUGGUUCCUUUAACCUUUCUUCAAACAACUUGAGCGGUUUUCCUUUUUAUGGCCUUCAGGAGUCGAGAAAUCUUUCUUCUCUUGAUCUAUCCUUCAAUAGCUUGUUGUUCAAUCAUAAUGGUACCAACUCAUCACUGCACUCCCCCCAGAUACAGAGGCUGAAUUUGGCUUCUAACAAGUUGAAAACAUUCCCAAGUUUCCCGAAAAAUCAAUCUUAUUUAACCGAAUUGGACCUUUCAGACAACCAGAUUCCAGGUCAGAUACCCAAUUGGAUUUGGGAGCUUCCUCUGAUCAAUACUCUAAAUCUAUGUUGUAACAAGUUGGUAAGUCUAGAAGCUCCUUUACUUGGUUCUACUUCUACUUACAAUCUGGAGAAACUUGAUCUUCACUCAAACCAGAUUCAGGGACAAAUACCAUUGUUUCUAAGUGGUAGUUAUUUGGAUUACUCAGGAAAUAAUUUCAGCUCUAGUAUACCAACUAACAUUGGUGAUUUCAUUUAUCCCACGGGCUACCUUUCUCUUUCAAGCAGUAACUUGUAUGGGGAAAUUCCAAAAUCAAUAUGCGAUGCAAGUCAUGUAAUUCUUGAUCUCUCUAAUAACUCUUUGAGUGGAACCAUUCCCCAAUGCUUGACUCAGACAUCUUCGCUUAAAGUCCUUGAUCUGAGGAGAAACAAUCUUACUGGAUCUAUCCCCGAUACUUUUCUUGAAGGUUGUGGUUUGGAAACUCUAGCUCUGGGCAGAAAUCAGAUACAAGGUCAAUUUCCAAAAUCUCUAGCCAAUUGUUCAACCUUACAGGUUUUAGACCUUGGAAUCAAUCAAAUAACAGAUGCCUUUCCCUGCCCGUUGAAGACCAUAUCCACCAUGCGUGUUCUUAUGUUGCGAUCCAACAAAUUUUAUGGACCCAUUGGAUGUCCUGAGACCAAUGGCACCUGGCCGAAGCUUCAAAUCAUAGACUUAGCUCAUAACAGUUUCAAUGGUGAAAUACCAGGUACAUCAUUGACAACAUGGCGGGCAAUGAUGGUUAAUGGAGAUGAUGACCGAAAUUACCUUGGCUUUUUUUGGUCACAAGAUGGUAGAUUUGGGUUCGCUAUGAGUUAUGAAGAUGCAGUAACAGCUACAAGCAAAGGUCUAGAUAUGGAUCUUGAAAAAAUUUUAUCAAGCUUCACUUCGAUUGACUUCUCUGCUAACGAGUUCAACGGAACAAUACCCAAGGAAAUGGGCCAACUGAGAUCAUUACAUGUCCUCAAUCUGUCCAGUAAUGCUUUCACAGGCGAAAUCCCAUCAUCCUUUGGUAACAUGAGAAGCAUAGAGUCCUUAGACCUCUCACAGAACCACCUGAGCGGCCAAAUUCCACCGCAGCUUGCAACUCUCACUUUCCUUUCGUGGUUGAAUGUCUCAUAUAAUCAACUGACGGGAAGAAUCCCAACCAGCACUCAGUUUUCAACAUUUCCAAAUACCUCCUUCGAGGGUAACAAAGGAUUAUGGGGGCCUCCUCUGACAGCAAUCGUAUUGCCACCUCCAACGUUAAAUGGAAGCUCAAGUAAUCCGAAUUCUGGAGAUGAGAUUGAUUGGAAUGUUAUCAGUGUUGAAAUUGGAUUUACAUGUGGGUUUGGAAUUGCGGUCGGGUCACUUUUGUUUUGCAAGAGAUGGAGGAAAUGGUACUACAGAGCGAUGUUUAACAUCCUGUUCAAGAUAUUCCCUCAGCUGGAACAUAGAUUUGGUAAUCACAGAAGGCAUGUUUACAUAAAUCAAAGGUAUUGGAGACGAUUAAAUGGUUAGGCAGACCAAGCAUGCAGCUCUACUCCAUUGUGCUGGAGACUCCCCUGGUGUUUUUCCUCCGUAUUUUCAUCACAUGAUUAUAAUGUAAUUAUUUUUUUUUCUUCUGUCGUAAUGCUUUUUUUU